UUUCUUCCAUUUGCACACCCUCUCUCUACAUAAUAAACCGCAUUAAAUUUCUCUCUCUCUACAAACUCAUCUAUUUUUAGCUUGAUAUUGUGUUUAAUUCAAGGUUGAUCUUCUAUUUAUUAUCGUGAUUUGAUUGUCAAGUUUUUUAGCAAGUGAUUGAUCUGAAAUGCCUUUCAGAUUUCUCUUUCUUUUUAUAAAUAAAUCAAAGCUUGAAGAAUCACAGUGGGAGAAGGAGAGAUAAUAAUCUCUAAUUACUUGUUGUCUUCUACAUACAACUGCUUGCUUUUGUUUCAGAAAUGUCAACUACGGUAAUGAGUGACGCGGUGAUGAUGCCUGUAACGGAGUCGCAAACGGUGACGGCGAAUCUGACGACGGAAGUAGAGUUUGCGGAGUGCGAUUGCUGCGGAUUGACGGAGGAGUGUACGCCGGCGUAUAUGGAGAGGAUUCGAGAAAGAUAUAAAGGCAAAUGGAUCUGCGGAUUGUGUGGGGAGGCGGUGAAAGAUGAAAUCAUGAGGAGUGGAAGAUUGAUCAGUACAGAAGAAGCGAUGACGCGUCACAUGAUGUUUCGUAGAGCGUCUCGAUCGUCAGGUCCGCCGCCUAAUCCGGCGGUGCAUUUGAUUACUGCCAUGAGACAGAUUCUCCGGCGAAGUUUGGAUUCGCCGAGAUCUCUUAGGUCUGUGCCUUGUAGUCCAACUCAAAGUACUGAUACUGUUGGAAUUGCUCGAUCGGAGAGCUGUAUUCCGAAGCUAACCCUUGCGGUUGAAUCGUCUACCUUUGAUGAUCAGUUAGAAGAAGCUACUGAACUGAAUGAUUGAAUGAACGAAAAUGAAAAUGAAAACCGCCGUGAACAAUGUAAGUUUACAUCCUUGCCCUUGCAAAAAGGAUGUGGGAACACCAGAUGCUUAAUUUAGACGAAAUAGUUAUUGAACUUAAUGUACUCAAGAUCAUCAUCAAUACUAGCAAACAACUUUUUUCAUCCUUCUAUUACUAUGAUCAUA